AUGACUGCUAUUGAUAUCAGGAAUCGCCUUUCUGAAGUUCGAGAAUUGCAUGUGGUUGCUACCAAAUCAAACCGUUCGCCGUCGCCUGAUAUAUCUCAUGAAAAUACAGUGGAAGCUGAAGCAAUAGGCAGUUCUGCGGCUUAUGUCACUGAAAAUUGUUUGCGUGAAAUUUUGAGACAAGAGAUCUCCCAUGUGCUUAAAACCACGAUAAGAGACUUGGUUUCAGAGGAGUUCUCAAGCAUCAAACAAGAAAUCUCUAAUUUUAAUGAUUCGUUGAACUUCUUUAAUAGUUGUUUCGAAAACAUAAAGAAAGAGAUGGAGGAAAAAACGGCAACGAUAAAGAAUCUCCUAACAGAAAAUGCUAGCGUACAGUACACAGUAAGCGAUCUUUCAAACAGGAUGGGGACUCUUGAACAAGUAUUACGUGAGAGUAAUGUGGAAAUACUCGUAAAUGGAAUCCCCGAAAGAAAAUCUGAAAAUUUGGUAAAUAUUAUAACACAAGUAGCUAAGUAUGCUGCCCAUGAACUGUUGGUAGAAGACAUACUGCAUGUUACAAGGGUCGCAAAGAUCAACCCAAAAACUGAUCGAGCCCGCACAGUAGUAAUAAAGCUGCGCAGCCUGCGCCAGCGUGACGCAUUGUUGGCCGCGGUCGCUACUUACAACAAAAGGAACCCAACCAACAAGCUCAGCACUUCACACUUAGGCUUUGAAGGACCAAGCACUCUAUUUAUUGCAGAACAUCUUUCACCCAGCAAUAAAUCCCUGCAUGCCGCCGCACGUAAGAAGAAAAGAGAAUUAGGAUACAAGUAUGUUUGGGUACGCAACGGGCGUAUAUACAUGCGAAAGGAUGAUUUUAGCCAGGCCUUACUUAUUCGGAAUAUGGACUGUCUAAACAACGUGAAGUAG